AGUUGUAAGCUUCAGUUAUGGCGUAGCAACGGUGGAGAACAUUCGGAGAGAAGAGAGACGGUGAUCGGAGAUAUAGAUUUGAGGAUGGGAACGAGACAAGUAUACGAAGAGAAGCUUCGGCGUGGGAAUCUUGAUUAUGAUCCGACUAUGAAUCCUGGUCUUGGUUCUGCUCGCUGUCCUCGUUGUCUUUCUCUCUUAAACCCUAAUUAUGAGAAAGGAGAGUGGACGAUAACUCCAGUUUUGCACGAUGCUGCUGCAGUGGCUGGUUCUGGUAUUGGUGGCUUGCUUAGUGCCGUCCAUGCUUUCAAUACAGGGAUCCCCUAUCUUCAAAAUCGGUUUCCCGGGUCAAAGCGGCUCUCCUUUCUUGUUGGGGUUCCAAUGCUGCUAGUAUAUUCAGGUGUAGGGGCAGCUUUUGGAGGUUAUGCACUUCCAAAGUUUGCUCAGCUGACAGUUACCUCGUAUUAUGCAUCUUCAAGUGCUUCACAUUAUGGAAUUUCUAUGCUCACCCGCCGUAUCGAAGAAGCUCAUCUCUCUCGAACUCAGAAAGAAGAGGUAAAGUGAAGUCAUGCACAGAUAAAUGAGAAUCUAUUCCACUCCUCUAGCUGAGCCAGCUUAUUUCAGGAUCUCUUUGGUUUUUUCGGUUACCUUUUCAAGUCACAUUCUUGAGAACCACAUCUAUAAUGUUAAUUCCUCAACAUAGUUAUACCAAAUAUAAAGUCUUUUAGUUCCUCGCCAUCGUCAGUUUUUGGUUUCUGUUACCGUCUUCAUAACUGCUUCUUUUCCCUGUUCAUUGGUAAUGACAUGGUAUUUGAUUCUUGAAUAUAUUAUAGUGUUUAUA